AUGUUUAUUCGAAAUAUUCAGAAAUUGGACGAAAGCCAACCUUCACUCUCAACCUCUUCUUAUCCAAUUUCUCCAGAGGCAAAAUAUUACAUUGACAAACAACCAUCCACAUAUCACAUUACAGGUCCACUCAAUCUCAAACUCUCCAAAAGAUCAAGAACAUUUCAUGGCUCUGACCAAGCAACCAAAUGUGUUGCAUGUAGGUUAGAUUGCAUGAAGAAGAUCCAUCCAGAAAUUGGUUCCUUCUUUGAAUCAUGUAGAAAUCAAUACUAUUACUAUGGUUGUAAGAAGAGACAUCCGUGCUAUGAGGAAGGUGAUGGAGAUUUUGUGAUGGAGAUGGCUAUUGGAAUUUGUUUGGAAAAGAAUGGAUGUAUUAUGAGAAGGGAAUUCCUUAGUAAUGUCGACGAUGAUCAGGAUGAACAAUAA